AUGCUGCCCUCAACCCCCCUCCAGGCCUUCCUGACCGACGCAUCCGACUCCAAGUUCAAGACUCACCCCUUCGACCCGCGCGAUAUCUGCCUCAAGAGCCGUGUCAGCAUGGGAUUCAAGGAGGACGAUUUGCCUACACCUCACGAAACUGGCAAGUAUAUUUCCACUGUCCUUACUCCCCAAUGCGGCGGCGACGAUCCUCCGUUGACACUGUGCUCUUACCUCAACUGCCUCACCCAGUGGACUCCGCGCACCACCGGGGAGCUUGUCUCAUUCUUCCACAAUUCCAGGAAUUCGCUUCACUAUGCGUCUCUCAAGAUGUCUCAACUGGGCACAUCCAAUACGGCUCCUCCUUUUCUCCACUCCACCAAUCUCUAA